GAUUGGCCUCUCUCUUUGGUCUGGAUCAAACAGUCUCAAGCCAUGGAAAUGAAUUCUUCCAGUACACUGCACCGAAGCAGCCUAAGAAGGGUCAAAUGGCAACUGCAGGUCAGGCAGCCCAGAAGGCUCCUGUGGCCCCCGCAGCUUCAGGAGCACCAUCAGUGUUCGUGGCCACUGCAGUUCAUGCUUAUCGAUAUACAAAUGGGCAGUACUUGAAGCAAGGCAAGUAUGGAGCAGCUGUAGUGGGGAACCAUGCUACUAAAGAGUACAGGAUCCUCCUUUACAUCAGUCAGCAGCAACAGAUCACAGCUGCAAGGAUCCAUCCAGGCUUCGUAUUCACGGUUCAACCCAACAAUUACAGUACGUUCUAUGAUGAUCAGAGACAAAACUGGUCGAUCAUGUUUGAGUCAGAAAAGGCAGCCAUGGAUUUCAGUAAACAGGUGUGCAUUGCCAAAUGCAACAGCUCCCCAGUGCUCGAUUCAGUGCUCUACCAGGAUCUCCUCCUUGGAGAAGGGCAGGGAGUAGAAGGAGGAGACUCUCUGGAGAUCGCCUAUACGGGUUGGCUGUUCCAGAACAAUGGGCUUGGACAGGUGUUUGAUUCAAAUGUUAACAAAGACAAGCUGCUGCGGCUGAAGCUGGGAUCUGGAAAGGUCAUCAAGGGCUGGGAAGAAGGAAUGAUGGGGAUGAAGAAGGGAGGGCGAAGGUAUCUCAUCAUUCCUCCAGCAUGGGCCUACGGGGCUCAGGGAGUGGCUGGCCGUGUCCCUCCAGACUCUACUUUAGUUUUUGAAGUGGAAGUUAGGCGGGUGAAGUUGGUAAAGGAAUGCUCUGGUUCAGAUGGACAGAGUGUUAGUUCAAGGGAUUCUCCUGCACCUUCUCCAGUACCCAAUGCAGAUGGCUUCUCUGCAGACACUGGUUUAUUGCCUCCAUCUACAAUACCUCCAAAGCCUGGGGAGCCAGCUGUUCGGGCCAAGUCAAACUCCAUCAGUGAACAGCUAGCAAAUCCAGAUGUAGCAAAGGCAAAGCUAAUUUCUCGGAUGGCUAAAAUGGGACAGCCCAUGCUGCCUUUCCUUGCUGGGACAGCAGGUGGUCAACUUGACUCCAGUGACUCGGAAAUAGAGGAUCCAAAUACACUGAGAGGGACAGCGCAGCCAGUGGCUUCAUCCUCAGUGAGACCAUCACAGCCAGCUCAUGCUGUACUGCCCACAGUGUCCACACAAGUACCUCAAGGCUCUGGUUCUACACCCCCAGUAUCUUCUGCUGCUUUAAUACCUGCAACGAUCCAACCCCAUUCAGCUCUGCCUGGAGGAGCACAGGGCUUUCAGGCAUAUCCAGGAAUGGCAUUUGCUUACCCCCAAACUGCUGCGUCUGCUUCUCAACUCCAGCCUGUAGGACAGAUGUAUCCCACUCCUUACCAAGCACCUGGGGAUGUUACUUCCUUUUUGAUGACAGAAGCUCGGCAGCAUAACACUGAAAUCCGACUGGCUGUUAGCAAAGUAGUAGAUAAAAUGGAUCAUCUGGCUGCCAAGGUGGAAGAGUUGAAGAAACAAAACGCUGGUAACAGCUCACUACUGCCUGGUAUCUCUUCUGUUACUAUGGAAGCCUCCAUGAUCAUGAGCAAUAUCCAACGCAUAAUCCAGGAGAAUGAGAGACUGAAGCAAGAGAUAUUUGAGAAGAGCAGUCGGAUUGAGGAGCAGAAUGAGAAGAUCAGCGAGUUGAUUGAGAGAAAUCAGAGAUACGUCGAACAAAGUAAUUUGCUAAUGGAGCAGAGGAACCAUUCACUACAAACAACAAAUGAAAACACACAGGCAAGAGUGUUGCAUGCAGAACAGGAGAAGCACAUGCUGCCAGUGGAUCGGGGCUGGGACCAGGCCAAAGUUGCAGAGGAGUUAGCAGCUGCCACAGCACAGGUUUCCCAGCUGCAGCUGGAGCUGACUGCCCACCAGAAGAAGGAAAUGGACCUGAGGAAACAGCUGUCUGCUGCCUUGCAGGAGGCAGAGAGACAUGAGACACAACUCAACAAACUGCAAGCACAGCUAGAAGAGCUCCAGGAAGCCUCUGAGGACACUCAGACUAGAUUCAAAGCUGAGAAGCAGAGCCGCAAACAGCUGGACAUGAAGGUUACAGCACUCGAAGAAGAGCUAACAGACCUGAAGGUGGAAAAGGAGACUCUUGAAAGGAAUCUUGCAGAGAGGAAGAAGAAAUCCCUCUCAGAGAGAGCUCAGGCAGAGGAAGAGAUGGAAGAAAUACGCAGAUCAUAUCAGCAGGAACUGGACAAGCUUCGACAGUUGCUGAAGAAGGCACGGACUUCGACUGACCAGGCAGCAGCAGAGCAGCUGUCACUCAUCCAGGCAGAGCUGGAAUCCCAGUGGGAAGCCAAAUGUGAACGUUCGCUGGCCUCAGCCAAGGAGCAGCAUGUUAGACAGUACCAGGAGGUGUGUGAGCAGAGAGAUUCCCUGCAGCAGCAGGUGUCCCAGCUGGAAGAGAAGCUUGCAGCUCUAAAACACUCAAAAAAAGCUGAGGAGCAAAAAUUGUCCGAGUUUCAGCAACAUUUGGAGCAACUAGAGCCUAUCAAAGAGAAGUAUUUGGCCUUGCAGGCUGAUGUGGUGAUGCUGAAGGCUCACUAUGAACAACGCAUCCAAGACCUGGAGAGGGAUCAGGAUGGAUCUUCACCUGCAGACUUCACAGAGGAAGUAAAGAAGAUAAUGAACAGUGUGUUUCAAUCUCUUCGUGGUGAAUUUGAGCUGGAAGAGACAUACAGUGGCAGGACAGUUCUGGGUGUUGUCAUGAACACUAUUAAGACCGUAACACUGCAGCUACUCAACAGGCAGCAGGAGAAACCAGAUCAUGACAGUAAAAAGGAGGACUCUGGAACAGGAGUGGCAAGACAGGAGGGAUCACGAGGAGCAAAGACUGAUCACGAAGAUCCCGUGCAGCAUAGCCCAGCACAGAGUGUUGUGUUCCCAGCUAAUCCUGGGGAAGCGACCACAGGCUCCACAGUGUCUGACCAGGGCAGCGAGUCUGCUCCUCUCUCUGCCAGGCCCAGAACUCCUGAGGAGGAGCAGGUGACACAGAGCAGUGGGGUGUCAGAAGAGGAGAAGGUCCAGGGGGAACAUCCCUCUUCCACAGCUGAAUCCCGCCUGGAUCCUGAUAAGGGGCCUGUAUUUGCAGGACAGCCUGCUCCUGAGGUGGAUGAGGACUCUAUCCCAGCUGAGCAAAGGCAGGAGAGCAGUCCCACCAGGAAAGCUGAGCCUGAAUGCAGUCCCUCCAGGGUAUCUUUGCAGGCAGAAGUUGCAGAACCUUCUGUUGUGGAAGCCAAGCCAGGAGAAGCGGAUGUGGCAGUGCUUCCAGAAAAGCCAGCUGUGGAGCAGAGGGCAGAGGAGCCUGUGGGGGGUUUAGAGCCCCCUCCUUUAAAUGGCGAGGGAGGGAACUGCACAGACCUGUCACACGGAGCUGGCUCCCAGAAAGGACCUGCCUCAGGAUCCAGCACAGCAGAGCCAAGCUCAGCUGUUAUCAGAGAAACCUCAGGAGAGAUGGAACUGGGCUCUAGCCCCAGGCAAAAGGGUUCCAGCCUCUCUGAAGAUGACAACUUCUUUGAAACAGCAUCUCAUAAACCACUGAAGCCUCGAGUUCCCUCUGAAGAGGAUGAUGAGGAGGAAGUGAGCAUGAAGGGGCGUCCCCCUCCAGCUCCGCUCUUUGGCGAUGAUGAUGAUGAUGAUCUGGACUGGCUGGGAUGAAGAGCUGCCCGGUGAGCCUGUGAGCCCUCUCCUCUGGGAAUGGCCUCUCCUGGGCACUUUGCACUUAACGAGCUGCAUCCGUGGGACAGUUGUGAAGAACCAGGGACUUCCCAGGCUCUCGUACUGCAGACUGAUGGGGCCUGGGAGCAGGAGGCUCUUGUUGCGCCCAGACUCAUUGCUCUGACCUGACAAACACAUGCAGAGGUUGGGACGAGCUGAAGGAACUAACCAGUCUUACUGCAUGUUUGUAUUGCUGUCCUACUUCUGUGAACUGUUGAUUCAUUAACCCGAAACUUUAUGCAAAUAUAAACUUUAUAAAGUGCUUCAGAAGAUCAAGUCUGGCAGGACCCUGCAGUAGGUAACUUUUUUUAAAAAAGCAAACUAAAAUCUCAUCUUCUUGCCCAGUGAAGAUCUCCUUGGAGUAUUUUUCUUAGUCCCCAGGGUGGCUCCCAGGGACUCUGCACCAUCUCAGAGCAAUGUGCAGUGGGAGGUUUGGCCGAGAGACCCCAGGCAGGUGUUUCCUGGGAGCCCCCGGCUCUGCAGAGGCCGCGUGGGGAAGCCCUGGGGCUGAGGCUGUUGGGGUGGGCACGGCAAGGCCCUGGGGCACAUGUGCUGCUCACUGGCCCAUGGCAAGCUGGGCAGGGACAGCCCGUGGUGCUACAGACAGUCUGGGCUCUGUUAGACCCGUGCUCCGAGCACAGAUGUAGCAUCUAGUCACUGCUCCUGUAAGAAGCCAAAUCCCCAGCUGUGUGUUAAGGAGAAACCUCACAAGAAUUACUCAUUGUGCAGCCAGCUCCUCUCUGUGCUCAGAGUUCAGAGCGUUUUUGGUUUUUUGCUGGCAGUGAAGCAGCAGUACAGAUGUGUAAUGUGCUGCUCCUCUAGAGAAAGAGUUACUGCAGGCAGCCAAGCCCAUCUCCCGUGCCUUCCUCUCUGCUGCUGUUUAAAGUGUGAGGAUUGUAGCAGAAGUUUAAAACUUGUGAUGGUGGGACAUGAGCUCCCCUGGGCUCUGCUGAGCAGCCGGGGGUUGGGGUAUAACUUCACAGUCUAAGUGGGCCAAGAGGGGAAAGCGGUGAGGGCAGACAGCUGGGCAAACACCAUGGAUUUCUCACAGCACUUUUGUUUCUACACUCAUAAGCACUAACGCAGCUUAAAGCUAUGAGCAGGUCUUUGUGUCUUUAAAACAAAUAAAAAUCCCUUUCACUUAAUAAAAUGGAAGUUGUUAAAAUAACUCUACUACAGUUUGCUUUUUACGACUACCUCUUAUCUCUGAACUGAAUUUGACCUGUGUCCUAAAUGUGAUUGCGGGGGUGGGGGUCGGGAACAAAAAGCACUGGGCAUUCCUCUUUGGGAGUGUAGCAGUGUGGCGGUUUGCCAAAUGCAGCUGGAAUUGUGGAGGAGACCAAAGCCUGUGAAAUAGCCAACCUGCUGCCCUGCCCACGCUUGUCUUGCAGCGCAAACUUAGCUGGGGUUUCCCCGGGAGCCACGGCAGAAGUCAGAGCUCUGAAGAAGUGACAGUAACACUUGGAUUUUCUGGGGCUUUUGUCUUGUGCUGGUCUGAGUGUGGGUACCCUGCUGUGGCCUUGGGACGCUGUCUGUGGCAGUGUCCUAGUGCAGGUUUUUGAUAAUACGAACAAAUUCCACUUCUUGUUUCCCAUUAUAGAUAAGACACCCUGAGGGAUUUACAUUUCACUUGAAAAAUAAAAUGCAA